UUCCCGCCACAAGCUUCCCAUUCUCCUCAACGGCCACCAUGACCUGCACGAGGUCUCGCGUUAAGACGCCCUGCUUCUGAUAUUCCUCUUCAUGCAGCCAGCACAUACACGUGUGUAAAUAGUACAACUGGGGUCCAUAAGACUCCCAGCUGAAGCAUCGGGAGUCUCCAGCUACGCUUGGAUUGACAGGGUACAUAUAGUCAGUGCUCUAGCUGCCCCUAACUUAUCAACAACAACAAACAUCUUGGACUAGACGUCCUUUUAUUUACUUUUUACAUCCCUAAAUCAGCAACAACAUUUACUUUUUCUUUCAAAGUUCACAUGAUUUACACACUGAGACGAAUCCUACAUAGAAGACUCCUAUCAAGAACAUUUCCAAUUAGUGUAUCAAAAAUGGCAAAGAGCAAGUUUGAGUAUGUCAAGUCCUUUGAAACAGAAGAUAAACUUGAUCCCAGACACUGGAUUGUUGUUGCUCUACAGUGUCAGAACUAUGAUAGACUUUCUGAAGAACAUGGCUUUGAACACCCUAAUGAUCUUCGCUUUAUUCAUCUCAUGGAAGCUUCAGCAAAAUCAGUAAUGGAAGAUUUCAAGGAGCUGGUGUUGGGAUAUGGUUUUGCAGGAGAGUUUAGCUUUGUAUUUCCAAAAAGUACAACAUUGUAUAAAAGAAGAGGUCCCAAACUUUUAACCAAUUUGUGCAGUUUAAUGGCAUCAUCUUUAGUACACAAAUGGACAAAUUAUUUGGGAUCUGUAUCACUUCGUUUUUCACCAGUAAUUGAGGGUACAAUUCAUUUGCUUCCAGAUGAUCAGGUAUUACGGGAUUACAUGACACAGCGUCAGCUUGCGUGUCAUUAUAAUAACCUGUAUAAUACUGUAUUUUGGGCAUUAGUGUUGAAAGUUGGACUCUCUCCCGAGGAUGCAACUAACACACUGAAAGGAACAAAUGAAGGGGAGCAAAAUGAAAUACUUUUCUCAAAGUGCAAAAUGAAUUACAAUAAUGAGAAUGAUGUGUUUAAAAAAGGAUCUAUUGUUUUGCGCACUUGGAAACAAACACCAGUAACGGCUCCAGAUGGUCUGGUAAAUAUUCGCAACCAAAGUUGCAUUGUCAAUACAUACACAGAUUUCAGUAAGGACAAUUUUUGGAAAGAAAUAUUUAUUCUUGAACAGCCUACAAAGACAAAUGCAAAAACAAAUUAUUUGAAAGCCUUUGAAAAGAAAGAAAAAUUGCUACCACACGCUUGGAUAGUUGUACGAAUUGAUGGAAAAGGUUUCCACAAAUUUUCAGAGCGGCAUAAUUUUGUGAAGCCCAAUGAUAAUAGAUCAAUAGAGCUAAUGAACAGAGCCGCUUUGGAAAUAAUGCAGCAAUUCCCAGAUGUUAUUUUGUCGUAUGGCCAAAGUGAUGAAUAUUCUUUUGUCAUUGAUAGAUAUUCAAAGAUGAUGGAGCGAAAUGGAAACAAAAUAAUGUCCAGCAUUGUUAGUUUGUUUGCAGCUAUGUAUGUGUACAAUUGGCAUAGUGUCUUUGGAAAUGUUAUAUUAGAAUACAGCCCAGCAUUUGAUGCCCGUGUAGUGCUGUAUCCAAAUAAUUCGUGUUUACGUGAUUACUUGAGUUGGCGGCAGGCAGAUUGUCAUAUUAAUAAUAUGUACAACACAUGCUUUUGGAUGUUGGUGCAGAAUGGUAAAUAUUCUCGUCAGGAAGCAGAAGAGAGAUUACGAGGUACAUUCUCUAAAGAUAAGAGGGCCAUUCUUCUGGAUGAAUUUAAGCAAGAGUAUGAUUUAGAGGAUUCACUCUACCGAAAAGGAACCAUAAUGUUUAGACAGGAGUUUGCAAGAGACACCACAUCAGAUCACCUGGCCACAAACAAUACAAGGCACACCAGUGCUGAUGGUAACAUGAGAAUAUCUUCCCAAGCUUCCUCUGAUGAGGUGGAGAGAGUAAAUUCUAUUAGUGACAUAGGUUCUGUUUCUAGAGAUCACAUAGAUAUAAUUGGAGAUCAGUUUUGGACAGAACGGCCAUGGAUCCUGGGUACAGAGCGCUGUACCAAAACUGUGGAUGAUCUUGAUAAUUAAUAAUCAGGGCUGUAUUUUUUGUUUCUAAAUAAAACAAAAGAAUUAUACAGGGGUACACUAAUUCCAAUUUUAACUAAAAUUAGGAUUUAUACCAUAUUUCAGUUGUUACCUGUACAAAGAAUGUUUCAUGCAAUUUUAGCUUUUAUAUAUCACCUCAGUAAAUACAACUCCAAGAA